AGCAAACAUAUUGAACAUGCCACAUAAUAACCACAUAUUUUCUGGAAUAUUAAAACUCAACAGAAAAAGGGCUGAAAAGCGGUGGCCCAAUCUUAUGCAAAUGGGCCACGCUGGGGAAGCCAGCCUAGGGCCGGCCUGGGCCUGGUCAACCAAUUGGAUAAGAAGCAAGCGGCCAGGGAUAGCGAUCCCCUGCCAGCAUCCAUCCCCAAUCCCCACGACCGACGCGGGCGGCGACUGCCAUGGUCGAUCGGCCGUUUCUCCGGCAACUCGUGGAGAGACCACGACCCGGGCGAAGCGCUGCCGAGCCUCGCGUUGGAGGCCGGAGAAGGUUGCGCCAGAGGACUCCGGGGAGGGCGUGCCGGCCCGAUUGGGCACAGGCGAAGACGCCCACGGCCGGUCGGCCGCACCACCGGCGGCAAGAGGAUCUCCCGCCCCGCUCGUCCUCGGAGUAGGAGUCACCGGGGAGGUGGGUGCCGGAUACGACGCCGUUGGAAGCGCCAUUCGCGAGCCCGAGCGCCGCUGGGCUCCAUGUGUCAGCGCCGGGGCCGGGUCGCCUCUGCGCCCGUGGGGGCAAGGCCGAUGGUCGAGCAUGGGGUGUGCCAGGAGGAGCAGCGCCGGGGCCAGGACACCGUUGCGCCAGAUGCCCGUCGCUCGUGCGCCGGAUCACGCGGCCGAGGGCAGUCUCCCACCAUUGGACGCCGAUGAGGCGCCUUGCCGAUGGGGCCCGAGGGUUCGACUGCCGCCGUUCUUCGCGACGAGACUGUCCCUCAUAGAGGAAACAAAGGAAUUCAUGGCCACAGCGCACUGCAGAAACGUCGGUCCUGAGGGCGGCCGCAGUAGCGGGCACCACCACGCUGACAAACACGCGAGCGAGCGAUGCUGUAGGGGGGAUCGUCGCGCAGAUGGAAUCGCUCCGCCGGGAGCAUGCUGAUAACGUGUUGAAAGGGAAAACAAGAGAACAAUCGAGAGAGCCUCGGCCCAGAUGUAAAAGUGAAUAAAUGUCCUUUCAUUAGAUGAUUGUAGGUAUUUAUACAGGCAGAAGGGAUGCAUCAAAGAGGCAUCCGUUCUGGAGAGAUGUCAGGAACCGACCCCACAGUUGCCAACGCAAACUGGCUGCGGUUGGUACAAGGGGAGAUUCCCCCAUAAUUAACACAAGUUUAAUUGAGCUUUAACAAUCUGGUUGAUCUGGUUGUCCCCGUAUGGCUGACAGAGCAGUAUGUGGUAAAAAAAAAGGAUGAUGUCAAUACACAAGAUGGAUCAUGCAUUUUCAUGAAUAAUUGUUUGCGGGAACCGUACAUAAAUAUUUAGUUGUGUUGUAAAGUGGAGUUCUGUGUUAAAAGACAUUAAUAUUGUGUAAUAUUGCCUUGUACUAGCCUAUACAAGAUGAUGUCAGUACACAAGAUGGAUCAUACAUUUCCAUGUA